AAGGCCACUGAUCAAGGUGCAGAGGACCUGCACAGACUGAACUGUGACUGUAAAUCAUUCCAGGCUAGCUUUGUCGCCAUAACUCAGAAUGGUAAUGUGGUAAUGUGGACCAUCAUCAUCACACAGACCACCGCUGUCGCCCCGUCGUGCCUUUGUGAGUGCUGACGGGCCGAGAGACCCACCAUGGCCUCACCGUUACCCCGCUGCACAGCUGUCAGACUCCCCGCUCUGGCCGUCGCCGUCCUGCUGCUGGUGUCGGUGUCUACUGUGCAGUCCUCUCAAGGCGACAAGGAACCAGUCUACAGAGACUGUGUGAAGCAAUGUGUCCGUACCAACUGCACCGGAGCCCGGCUACGGGGCUUUCAGUCCGCCCAGCCGCAGUACAUGAUGCUGACAGGCUGGACAUGUCGUGACGACUGUCGCUAUCAGUGCAUGUGGACCACAGUGGGCCUUUACCAGGCCGAGGGGUACAGCGUCCCACAGUUCCACGGCAAGUGGCCAUUUGCACGCUUCCUGUGUUUUGAGGAGCCGGCAUCAGCCCUGGCCUCUCUGCUUAAUGGCCUGGCUUGCCUUCUCAUGCUGAUGCGAUAUCGGAGCACAGUUCCGCGCCAGAGCCCCAUGUACCACACCAUCAACGCCUUCUCUCUGGUAUCGCUUAACGCCUGGUUCUGGUCCACAGUGUUUCACACCCGGGACACCUAUCUCACUGAGAAAAUGGACUAUUUCUGUGCAACAGCCGUGAUUCUUUACUCCAUCUAUCUGUGCUGUGUCAGAACUUUGGGUCUGAGGCGUCCGGGGGUGUCAAGCAUGGUGGGAGUCUUGCUCAUCUUGGCCUUUACCUCACAUGUGUCCUACUUGACCUUUGUCAGUUUCGACUACGGCUACAACAUGGCUGCUAACGCCACCAUUGGCAUGGUGAACCUUCUGUGGUGGCUGUGUUGGUGCUGGCAGAACCGGAGGACCCUGCCCUACUGGUGGAAGUGUGGCCUGGUGGUGCUGCUGCUUCACGGUUUAGCCCUGCUGGAGCUGCUGGACUUCCCUCCAAUGCUCUGGGUCUUGGACGCUCACGCCGUAUGGCACCUGAGCACCAUCCCUGUGCACUUCCUUUUCUACAGUUUCCUGAUAGACGACAGCCUCUACUUGCUAAACACAGAGAAGAUGGGCGUCAAAGUUGAGUAGGAGGAAGUCAUCGCCUCCUCACGGCACCUAGACCCUCGCACCACUCCAAUCAGGGCAGCCGCACACCCGAACACGGCAGUAGCUCAGCCUCCCAGAUGACAUGCAUGACCUUUUUGCGACUUUGAAUUCCAUCAAAGUAGACUUUGUUUACAUUUUCUCUUGUUUUUUUUAUUUUUUUUUUUAUUUUUUCCAAAUGAGAAUUAUCACAAUUGAUGCUUGCUCUUAACUUUGCCUUGUUAAAAUGUGAACUACUGUUCUUUUUUCGCCGUCUAUCAAAACUGCAAAACAGGAUGAAGGAAAGCAAAUGUGUUGUUUUCUACCCCAGCAAGACCCAGUUUUUCAGUUCCAGCUGUGACUGGGAUACAUAUCCUAUUUCUCCCUCCUUCAUUCCUUGAGCCCACAAUCUGACAGAAGCUCACCCUCAACAGCUUCAAGCCCCUCUGAAGUAACCUCGCUUUACACAAAUGCAGUUUGCCAUGGCUGACUUUAGAUGGCACCAAAUCCCUUACCAGGCCAUCUUAACCUACAGCGUGUGUCAGGGUCUGUCUGUGCCAAAAGUGGACUGGCAGACACAGAGAGGUGCCCCUUGUGUAGGGGGGCUGCCAGCAGAUUGUUCCAGAGAGUGGGAGGGUUUAUGUUUGGAGGCUAUUCUAGCUGACUGUGUUUUUUUUUCUUCUUUUCUCACCAUCGCACCUUUUUUAAAAUAUUUGUGCCUCUGUUGUUUCCACUGGUGCUUUUGUUUCUUACACUCUUCAGGAUCAUUUGAGGUUUUUAUUUUUCAUUUUCAUUAGCUGCCUUAGUUGUUUUAAUUCUUUUUUUGGGACCAGUUUGUGCUUUAUUCUGUUAAUGACAUUUUUUUUUACUUUUAAUGACUUGAUUUUUGAAUUGAUUGGACGAUCAGGAAAUGAAAUUAUUUUUAUUCACCUGGAUUGCCUUGUAGUGUGAGUAAAGGGAGAAAGUGAUUAAGCUAGAAAGAAAUAAGCAACAGGGAGCUGCAAUCAGUAGAGCCUUUUUUUUUUUUUUUACAUGUAUGAGGGGCAAAUCAAGAGAUUCUAAUAAAUUUUGGGGUUAUGGUGGUGUGUGUGUGUGUGUGUGAACGAGUGUUUGGAUGUUUGAUUGAUGCCGAUUAUUUGGAUUUGGUUUAGAUUUCUUGCUGCAAUAUCCCCCAGAAUGACACACACACAUUCAACCAGCUGCUCUACAGACAUCGCCCCGUGAUGUAAGACACUCCAUCUCCCUCCAUGCCUGCCUUACAUACUGUAUCAUAACCAUGAGUUUCUUCUUAUAUAUAACAUUUCUUAUUUUGUAUCAACCCCCCCCCCCUUCUCAGAGUUGAGACCAUGUAUGUAUUCAUCCCUCAGAGUUUCCCCAUCCAUAUGUGCACUUUACGGGUGUGUGUACAUUUACGUGCGUUUUUUGUUUCGUUUGAAAUUCUGUCCAUGCUUUUGUAUUUCUGUGUGAGAAUGUGAACAAUGACCAGCACGUGUGCGUGUGUGUUUACACUGCCUUGACUCAACAUUGUUUUGUUUUUGCCAUCACAAACUGAAUCAGUGUGUGUGUGUGUGUGCGCAUGAGAGCUAGAUUGAGCUCAUUCC